GCAAAUUUAGACACCACACACAAAGUGGACAAAAUAAUCAGAUGAGAAAAUCUGCGUAUAAAAUAAAGUCCUUAGGGCAGCGAUGCCCACCCUCUAUAUCAGAUCAAGCCGGCUUAGGUAGAAAACCCAAAAGACCUUACCUUGUUGAACCCAAACUUUGUUCUUUUUCUUUUUCUUUUAUUUUUUGUUAUUCAGGAGCAUUAGCUUAAGCUCUUUGGUUUCCUGUUCCUUAACAUUUAUUGUUUAUAUAUUCGUUCUUUUCUUCUUCUAGUUUAUUUUUGGUUUAUCAAACUCAUUUUAAAGUUAUACUGAUAUCCUUUCUUUGGAGACUGUUUGUUUGUAUUUAAUCGCAUAAUGACCUUUGCUAAUCCUUUUCCUACCAAAAAAGGCCUUUUGUCUUUGGUGUUGAUCUUCAGUGCACUAUGGAAAAGUGCUCUAGCCAAAACCCGCUUGUUUGAAUGGAAUGUCACGGAUAUUGAUAAUUUGGACGUUGACCAAUCCGGCCAUCCUCGUUGGGUUAUGGGCGUCAAUAAUAAAUGGCCCAUUGACCCACUUGUCGUCGAUUACGGCGAUCAAGUCAUCAUCAAGAUGAACAAUCAACUUCGUGACAACCGUACUUGUAGCUUGCACUCCCAUGGUAUGUUUCAGCGCCAUAAUGGCUAUAUGGAUGGUGUCCCACAAAUGACACAGUGCUCUAUUCCUGCUGGCUCUACCUACUACUACAACUUUACAGCUAGUCAAACUGGUACUUACUGGGUUCACUCUCACGAUAUGAGCCAAUAUCCCGAUGGUCUUCGCACUUCAUUUGUUAUCAAUAAUCCCAAUGAACCAUACGACUACGACGAGGAUUAUAUCAUCAGCUUAACAGACUGGUACUACGAACCCUUUUACAAACUUGUUCCCGAAAAAUUUACAACUUGGCACAACCCAACUGGUGCCGAACCUGUGCCCGACACUGGUCUCAUAAAUGAUGCUGUCAACUCUACCUUCAAAAUGGAACCAGGAAAAACUUAUCGAUUCCGUUUUGUCAAUUUAGGCGCCUUCAAUAAUUACGACGUUAUGCUUGAGGAUCACAACAUGACCGUCAUCGAAGUCGAUGGUGUAUACACCAAGCCUCAGGAAGUAUCCUCCAUUCACAUAACCACUGCCCAGCGUUACAGCGUUCUUGUGACCGCCAAAAAUUCGACUGAUCGUAAUUAUGCUAUGACGGCCUAUAUGGACGAAUCUCUCUUUGACCAAAUCCCUGAUAACUAUAAUCCUAACGUGACCGCUUGGCUUUCAUAUAACUCGGAGACCACUUACAAUUACGCCGACUCAGUCAAUGAGAUUGACAGCUAUGAUGAUGCAAAGUUGGAGCCUUUAUAUGAUGUUAACUGGGGUGAGGCCAAUCAUAAUGUCUCUCUCUGGUUUGACUUCUUUACUCUUGGCGAUGGAGCAAGCUAUGCUGAAAUUAAUGAAAAAUCAUUCAAAUAUCCAAAAGUUCCAGGUCUUAUGAUUGCCAAUUCAACUGACUAUGACGACUACAACAUGAAGCCCGUCACAUACGGUCCCUAUACCAAUGCCUUUAUUUUCGAAUAUAACGAAACUGUUGAUGUUGUUAUCGACAAUCAUGAUACCGGAAAGCAUCCCUUCCAUUUGCACGGCCACGUUUUCCAAGUUCUGGAACGAGGUGAAGAGGAAGCUGGUGAAUACAAUGAUCAAACCGAACACAAUGUAUAUGAAAACCCCGUACGUCGUGAUACCAUCGAAAUUCUUCCCACUAGUUUUGUUCGUCUUCGCUUCCUUGCCGACAAUCCGGGUGCUUGGCUUUUGCAUUGUCAUAUUGAAUGGCAUAUGGAAAGUGGUUUAGUUGCUACAUUUAUCGAGGCUCCUGAUCGAGUUCCCGAAAUCACUGCUCCCGAAUUCGUCCGUCGCCAGUGUGUGAUGCAGAACAUUGAUGUUUCUGGUAACGGUGCAGGAAACGCAUUCAAUAUAUCCGACCUGACCGGUGCUCCUGCUCCUCCUGGUGAAAUGCCUGCUGGUUGGACAUCAAAAGCUAUUGCUACUGUGGCCAUGUGUGUUUUAGCAGCCUGUAUUGGUAUGGGUAGUAUUGUCUUUUACGGCAUUCAAAUCCAUCCGUUGCCGACUGAGGAACUUGACGAUGAAGAAGAUUUAAAAUUAGCUGCUGAAGAAAAUGCAGCAAAUCUUAUGAAAUCUUCUGAUCCUGUAAAAUAGGUUUUAGGUCCUUUUAUUUUGAUUUUUUUUGUUGGUGAAUUUCCCUAAUAGUAAUUACUGGGUUUUUCUAUUUCAUUGUCUCUAGGUACUAAUCUUCUCAAUUAAUCGUCAGUUUAGUUAACAAUUAUAACUCAAAAAUUUGCAUUGUUCAUGGAAAUUAUUUUUCUUGACUUUUUAUAUAAUUUAUACAAGUGGAUAAUUUCACUGAAGAGACUAAACAGCGCAAAGUAAUAGUCAUUUUAUAAGAUAUCAUUUCCUAUAUUUUUAAGAACCAGAUUCGUCUUGUUUAUUAGUUCA